AUGUCAGAAGCCAAACUAGAAUUGCAUGACAAACUACAAAAGAUUGGCAGUGCUUUAAAAGACUACACCCAAAAGAUCUCCAGAUCAAACAGUCGCCAAGUAGCCAAUCUAUUAAACGACAUCCUGCACACAUUAGAAGCUGUCGAUGACCCAGAUUCAACCAUCACCAAAGUGCACAUAUUGUCGAUUGUGCUGCCACUGCUAGCCGUAUACAAAUCAAUGAUCAUGGAAGAGAAAAGCGGCUUUCAGAUCAUAGUGGAGCCAUGGCUCAAGAUCAUGUAUUUUCUGCUGUCUAGAACCAACACGAAGAUAGCCAUGCCACCCCAAUUUACGACUGAACUAAUUGCCAUGCUCGCAACACUGCUGGAUCAGAGCAGUUCCCCUGCCAAUAUACCCAAGCCAGCGAUACCACCCUCCGAGGAAAUCAAGCAUCUAUCAGUGAAAUGCCUGUCGGAAGCAUUACCGAUCAAGCGCAAGGAAACGCUGUACAAUGCUACAGCAUUAACAUCAGCAUUGCAGCAAGAGUCUUUUUUUCUCAAAGCUUCGCAGGUUACCAUGGCCUUAUUAAACACUAUCCGACUGGAGCGAAAUCUGCAACUUCGUCUGGAUGCAAUAAGCGCACUGAUUCAACUGCUGGUGGAUAACAUUCAAGACAUUGACAAGAUUGCAAAACUACUUCCAGGUGUCAUUUCGAAAUUAUGCCUUACCAUGACACAGAGAUCAGAGAAUGAGAACCAUCAGCUGAUAUGUGGUUUACUGGAUGCAAUAGGCGAGUUGAUCAGCACCGUGAUGUGCGAUGAUGUGAACAAUACGUUGGAGAGCAUUCGCAGCUUUGAGGAUAUUGUGAACCAGCAUAAGCAGCCAUCAGUUGAGCCACAACAACAACAACAACAACAAGAACAGCCCUCAGGCACCAAAGAGAUAUUCCGCGAUAAAGAGUGGUAUGCCAAAGUGAAGCGAGAACUGCGAUUGAUGUUUGGACAAAUACUGCGACUCAAGCUAUACCCGGAUUGGCGAACCAGACUGACAUUUGUCAAUUUCUCCUAUCGAUUGCUGUCCACAUGCUCGAGGACACUGGAUAAUUGCGUACAGCUGCUCUUGGAUGUACUGGUGUUGCAUGCGGAUGACGCCUAUCCUCAAGUCUCUAGGGUAUGUCGCUUUCAUAUGAGACGUUUACUCGCAUCAGCAUCAUUUGGCAAUGCUAUUAUGCCCGUCCUCAAGGACAAUUUGUAUCAUUGGAUCAUGAAGUUUCCACAGUAUGUGAUAUCCAAAGACGAGCAGGAAAAGACGGUUGCCAUGUCCUUGAUCAUUGGCAUGAUUGUGUUGCUGGAGGAUCAGGCAGAGAGCGUGCUUUCCAUGGUGCUGAGCCGUGCUUCUGAUGGUUGGAUGACAGCGUUGGAAAUAGACAAGAGCAGUUUGGAUAUCUUGGAGGAAAAGAACAGUGAGCGGUUCAUUGAACUUGGCACAGACACAGCAGCACCUUCGCCUACACCUCUGUAUCCCAGAAUUCGCUUCAAGCACAUUGUUACCGACAUGUCUACAGCAAAGUUGAAUCGACUGCUGAACAUCAUUGGAAAAUACUGUGGUCUAUCGAGUUGGGUACACCAUUUCAUGCGCUAUGUGUCGACAGAGAAUCAGGAACUGAGUGACCCACAGGCAGCCUAUGUGGUCCACGCACUGAUGUCUGGCUUCUACUCGUCUGACAUGACAAUGACUGAGUACGACGAGGCGGAUGCUUGGCUCGAGUACGUUGAGGACGAGGAGGAUACAAGUUGCGACAAGAAGGUGCAACUGCAAAAAAUUGCUGCCCAGGUGCUAAAUGACACCAUGGAAAUCCUUUCUGCUGCCACCAGUACCAACACCACAUCCACGGCAUUAUCAGCAACAACAGCCAGUUUGGAUGACGAGAGUGGACAUGUGCUGACUGUGUGCUUUGGAUUACAGAUAGUCGGUCUUGCAGCCUAUAUCUUGGAUCAGGACUAUCUGCAGGAACAACUGAUCACCAUCCUGUACCCUCUAUUGGCUCACCUAGGGUCCUCUAACGUGUACAUUCACACCUACGCUUUAAUUACCUUGGACACUAUGGCGCUCCAGUGUGGAUUAGACGGAGCCAAAGCACUUGUGAUUGACAAUAUCGACUACAUCAUCAACUCCAUAUCUCAGCACAUUUCUGUCCUCACCCACAAUGCACGCGUGCCACUGGUAUUGAAGGCGUUGAUCCAUGUAGGUGGGUAUGCCUGUAUCAACUAUUUGGAUGACACAGUGGAGGAGAUAUACGAUGCUUUGGAGCGGUAUUCACUGGAUGAAUGGCUGUGCGCUCAACUCUGCAGUGUGUUAUUUGAGGUGAUUCAGACUUUGGAAAAGAACAUUCCGCCCACGACAGCAUCUGAUGAAUCUAACGUGACAAAAUCGCCUACAAAGGGCACUGAAGCGCUUGUAUCGCCCCAAGUGAUGUCUUUUAUCCAGCAACAAGAUGACUAUGUGGUGGACGAGGAAUUCAGGUCCAUGGAGGAUAUUGGCAAGUACUUUUUGGACAGACAAAAGAAGGGUCUUCAUGAUGACUUGACGUUGGAUCAAAUCAUGGAGCAAGGCAACUUACCUAUGGAUUUGCCCGCAAAGGAAGAUGAAGACGUUGAAGCCCCCACAGACGACCAACCUAUCCCACUGACACAUGAGCAACAGAUGGCCAAGGACAUUAUGGACAAGGCCAGCCACUUUCUCACCGUGUCUUCACCCAAGCUGCGAUCUCAGAUUCUCUCACUCCUUGCGUCUGGCGUCAGCAUACUAUCAGACCAUCCAGGAGAACUCAACAAACUCGUCUACUCCAUGUGGCCAUCCAUCGCUAACCGAUUCAACGACCCUGAAAACUACGUGGUGCUGCAUGCUGCUCGUCUUGUGGAAAAGAUAUCGCAAGUAUCCACAGACUUUUUAUCUAGAAAUUUCACUGUCGAUUUAUGGCCCAGAUUCAAAUCCUUGCUUCAAAAGGGUGUCUCUGCUGCUCAAUCAGAUCCUGCAUCGACCGGCUACUCUGUCUACUCACUCUACCAUCGAACGCAGCUGUGCUUGUUACAUACGCUGGCAAAAGUGGCUUACUAUGUGCCUGUGAAGCAAGACCUUGUCAAGGAUAUACUGCAGACAACACGGUAUUAUUACAGGAAUGACCAGGUCAAUCAGCAGCUGGAUGAAGCGUGCCAGGGCCUGUUUAAGGGACUAGCAACACAGCAAGCUGAUACGGUGUGGUUGUUUGAACAGCGGCCUGGAAGUUGCCUGCCGUCACCCGACGCUGAUCUACUUGAUGUGUUCCAGGUACCUGAAUGGACUACUACCUUGAGUAGCAGAAACCACAGACCUGGAACGUUGGUCCAAUUUAAAUAA